AUGGCUCCUCACGUCACCACCAUCGAUUCAUCAGCUUUGAAAGAUUGCAAGCCGUAUUACUCACCUGUUGCAACUGUACAAGGUCCAGUGAAGUUUAUUUAUACUGCUGGCCAAGUUGGGAGAGAUAAAGAUGGAGUUGUACCAGAAAGUUACGAGCAAGAAGUCGAGCUAGCCUUCCAAAAUCUCGGUGAUGCUCUCCUCGUAGCAGGCGCGACGGCCGCCGAUAUUGUGAAAGUCACCUACUACAUCGUCAACUAUUCCCCUGAGAAUCGGUAUCACGCGCAAGUCCUUCUCAAAUUCAUGAACGGACACCGACCUCCGUCAACCCUUGUCCCAGUUCCCGCCCUAGCUGUACCAGAGUACCACUUCGAGAUUGAAGCAGUCGCGGCAGUCCGAGAUCUAGCGGCAAUCUCACCCAUCGUGCAACCAGCUGCAAUGGGUUCCCUGAGUGUAGAUGUCGUAGUAGUUGGUGGGGGAUUGAGUGGCUUACAAACAGCGUAUGAUAUUCAGAAAGUGGGGUACUCUUGCGUUGUGUUAGAAGCUCGUGAUCGGGUUGGUGGUAAAACAUGGAGUCGACCAACGAAAGGUGGAAGCACAGUAGACGUGGGAGCAGCUUGGAUCAACAAUUCUAAUCAGUCGAAGAUGUUCGCUCUGACAAAGAAGUUCAACCUGGAGCUGAUCGAGCAAAAUACCAACGGCAACUGCGCAGCACAUGUACCAGAAAAAGGAUCAAUUCUCUUCCAAUAUGGAGAAGUUCCAGCAUGGGGAGAGAAAGAUGUUGCCGACAUUGUGAGAAUUAGAGACGGCUUUGAAGAGCUCUGUCACACUAUUGACAUUCAGAAUCCAUGGGCAGCAGGCAAUGAUGAUGUGACUCUCGAGGAGUUUGUGAAACAGCAAGGGGCUGGCGUGAAGGCCCUGGCAACAGUCGGAAUCUGGUCGAGAGCAAUGCUUGGAUGCGAACCUUCGGAGCUCAGCGCUUUGUACUUCCUUGAUUAUUGUAAGAGUGGCGGAGGUUUGCUUCAAAUGAGAUCUGAUCAGAAGAACGGCGGGCAACAUCUGAGGUUGCGAACAGGAACACAAUCCUUCUCCAAGAAAAUUGCAGAAACGAUGGUUCCCGGGUCAGUAAUUCUCGAGGCACCAGUCAGCCGCAUUUUCCAAAGCCGCUCCGGAGUAGCGAUAGUAACCACAGAAGAUGGUACUCGAUAUCACGCCAAGAAGGUGGUUGUCUCCAUCCCAACACCAACUUAUAAACAGAUCACGUUCCAACCCCCACUUCCACUAGACAAGCUUAAGUACAGCUCAAACAGCAAACUAGGCUAUUAUGCGAAGAUGAUUCUGAUCUGGGAUAAGCCUUGGUGGAAGAAGGACGGGUACUGUGGAAUGACCCAAUCCUUCAUCGGCCCUGCAUCUGUCACUCGAGACACCAGUGAUGACCAGGAAGGCCAAUUCUCACUGACUUGUUUCCUGGUUGGACAGCCAGGACGAGAGUGGUCGAAACUGAGUGCUGAAGGUCGAAAAGAAGCGAUCCUGUCGCAACUUGUAGCGUUGUUCGGCUCUGGAAAUGAGACAGAUAUCAGGGCCCCAACAGAAAUAUUCGAGCAAGAAUGGGUCAAAGAUCCAUGGAGCCAAGGCUGUCCAUGUCCUGUAACACCGCCGAACAUCAUGUCCGACGUUGGGAAGGCUUUGAGGGAACCUUUUGAUGCCAUUCAUUUUGUUGGGACUGAGACAUCUUUUGAAUGGAAAGGAUACAUGGAAGGUGCAAUUCGUUCAGGGGAAAGAGGGGCUGCAGAAGUAAUCCAGGCUCUUUCAAGCAAGGGUGCCAAUUUAAUGGCAAAGCUAUGA